UAAAUAAUGCAUUAAUCAUACCGUUAUGUUGUAGGGCACGCGCAGCUUGGGAGAAGGCGUUCAUUGAGCCUACGUCACUUCGUAUUAGUUCCGCUGCUCGUUUUUUAUUUUUUAGACCAGUUGGGUCUUUUAUUUUAAUUUGAUCGUUUUAGUUUCUACUGUACGAUGUUUUAUUUUAGUAUUGUGAUUUUUGGUCACCCAUAAAAAAACAUUUAUGUCAAAAGAGUCCUCACUUUAAUCGGACUCCAUACAAAGCAACGCCACAUUCCGGCGAUGUAUUAAUUUGUUAAUAAUUUAUUACUAAAUCUAUUUCUCAUUUGUAUUAUUUUAAAUAAACGCGAUUAGUAUUAAAAAAAGAAAUCGAUUUUGUCCCAUUACAAAACGACGCAUGACGUUGACGUGGUCAUCUGCGUAUCACCUUAAACGUCGAUCACUAGGCAACGAGCGCGUAGCGUACCUUCUACAAACAACAAACAUUGAUUUGACGAGCCGCUGGAUGAGACGGAGCGAUCUUCAGAUUUGCAUUUUCCAUUUCUUGACUUUAUUGAUAUAUUCAUUUCGUUAAUUUAUUCAUUUAUCAAUACAUUUUCAUCUGAAUUACUCAGUGUCAUAUUUUUGUCUGGUUUUAACAUUUCUUGUUUUUAACGUAUUCUCAGUCCGUGAGUUGUUAUUUUCACAGGUCAGAUGACAUCGUUCAUCGGAGGAAGCUCUUGUGGAGCUGGCGUACCGAGGGAUCAAAUCGCCUCGUUGUUCGUGGGGGACCUUCUUCCAGAAGUGUCCGAGUUCGUCCUCCAUCAGACGUUCAGCCCGUUCGGUCCGAUCCAGUCCGUGCGGGUCUGCAGAGACAGGGUGACUCGGCGAUCCCUGCGGUAUGGUUAUGUUACGCCAAUGCUGAGAGCGCCAUGGACAGCCUGAUGUGUCAGGAUCUUCUGGGCAGACCCAUGCGGAUCAUGUUCUCCCAGCGUGAUUCCACUCUGAGGACGACUGGGGUCGGGAACAUCUUCAUCAAGGGUCUGGCCAGCAGCAUCGAUGGUGCCAGCCUUUAUGACUGCUUCUCAAUUUUUGGGAAGAUCCUGUCCUGCAAGGCGGUCUGCGAUGCACAUGGAUCCAAAGGUUAUGGAUUCGUCCACUUUGCCACCUUUGAAGCGGCAGAGAAGGCCAUCAAAGCGCUUGAUGGCAUGUUGUUGGACGACCAGCUAGUGUCCAUUGGCCACUUUAAAACCUUUCAAGAGCGUCAUGUUGAGCAGCAGGUCAUGGCUCAGGACAACGAGAGGCACUACCCGGUUCAAAAACGCCUUGACGUUCAGCCUGAAAACCAGCUCGCGCUCCAGCCCGUCAGUCGACAGACAGCAGCGUGCGACCUCGCUCAGAGUCAGUAG